UGCACAUCAGUGCUACAUAUUAGUGCCCAUCUGAGCUGCCUUUCAAUGUCACCCAUCAGUGCCACCUAUCAAUAUCAAUCAGUGCCACCUAUCAGUGCCAGUCAGUGUCGCCUAACAGUGCGCAUCAGUGCUGCCUAUCAGUGCCACCUAUCAGUGCCAGUCAGUGCCGCCGCCUAUCAGUGCCAGUCAGUGCCGCCUAUCAGUGCCAUCAGUGACUCCUCAUCAGUGCCCAUCAGUGCCACCUAUCAGUGUCCAUCAGUGCAG